UAGUAUCGAUAAUCGAUAUUUGUACGAGACCAGCUAAAGUAUAUAUUGUAAACAUAUAUUUAACGAAACGAAAUAAAAUUAAAGCUAAAUAUGAGUGGAGCGCACAGAGAGGCGAUUCAAAAGCAAAUCCAUCAGGACUGGGCGAACAGGGAAUACAUUGAAGUAAUAACCGCAAGCAUAAAGCGAAUUACAGAUUUCCUGAACUCUUUCGAUAUGUCCUGUCGCUCCCGCCUGGCGGUACUAAAUGAAAAACUAACGAUUCUUGAGCGGCGCAUAGACUAUUUGGAGGCGUGUGUCGCCCAGGGGGAAACAUUAACGUAAACGCUGCCCUCAAUUUUACAUAUAGCUUUAUACAUUUAUAAGAUAAUUAAAAAAAAAUACCGAUAUAUUA